AUGGCCGCUGCUCAGCAGGGACAGCGGCUGGAGCUGGAGUGCCAGAUAUCCAGAAUCACUUGGGGAGCAUCUUGGUUCCGCCUGGACAAGGAUGGGAAACUUUACUUCAUUGUCUCCAGUAAUUCUCUGUACAACACGAUCAUUCAUGAGGAUAAGAGAGUAUCUCAGCACUUCGAGGUAUCAUGGAGAGAUGGCUCUCCUUGGCUGGUGGUGAAGUCCUUCACGGCACAGGACCAGGGGAUCUAUUUCUGUAUCAGCUUCAUCAACCAGGUGCUGCAAUUCAGCUUGGGACAACCCGCCUUCUUCCCAGUCGAAACAACAGCAGCAACCACCACAACCACCGCCACCACCCAGAGCAGCCCGGUAACCAAGAAGAACAGCACACAACAGGGCUCGGAUGCAGUAACCCAGAUGUGGGGAGGCAGGGGCUCUGCCAGCAGUGCUACUUUGAUCAGAAGAGCCCAAAUUCAAGUCUCUGCUGACUACAGACAUUUCAGGAUGCAGGCAGAUGUCUGCAACUGGGACUUUCCCCUUUCUUCUCUCUCCUUUCUUCCUGCAGGAACAAGCAAUGAGAACACACCACAUCUUUGCCAUGAUACAGUCAUAUGGGUUAACCUGGCUGGCACCUGCCUCCUCCUGCUCCUCACUGCCAUCACCAUCAACAUUGUACACUGCCGAAGUAAGUUGCACUCUGACACCCUGCAGAGCUUCCUGGAG